CUUUUCCCUCCAAAACUACCCUCACAAUGCUCGCAGCGUCGCUCCAGGAAGCUUUUCAGACCGCCUUAGCCGCGAUCAAAUCCUGGCUUCUGACAGGAGCAGAAUCCAUCUUGCGCCACCCAAUUCUGAUCGUUGCGGUCCUGAUAUUUUGUUCUUCAUUCGCACAAAUUAUUUAUUUGAAAUAUUUUCAUGCCCUCGCACGGUUCCGCGGACCAUUCUUGGCACCAAUCUCCAAUGGCUUCUGGUACUACACAAUCCUCGGGGGACGUGGCCCAUGGAGAAAUCACAGAUGGCAUCAGAAAUGGGGCCCGAUCGUACGGAUCGCUCCCAACCAUCUAAGCUUCAGCUCACAUGCCGCUCAAAAAUUCAUCUAUGGCUUUGGGACUCGGAGCGUGCCGUCGAUGAUCAAGGACCCCAUCUUCUUUACCCCUGAAGUCGACCAUUCGAUGAACAUUAUUAAUGAGACGGACCGUGAGGAACAUUCACGAAUGCGACGAAUGCUGAGUUUCGCAUUCAGCAACUCUAACUUACUGGAGAACGAAGAUGUGCUUGUUCGAAGAACAGACCAAUUUGUUAAGACCCUGGCAGAAGUGAACAAGGAUGCCAAUGGAAGUGGGAAGCGAGGAUUCAACAUUGUGCAACAAUUCAAUUAUGUCACUUUCAACAUCAUGGGAGAGAUGUCGUUCGGCGACUCCUUUGAUAAGCGACUGGAAGAACAACCUGAACAUCGAUAUCAUUGGGCAGAUGUUAUUGUAGACACAACCUACAUGAAUGACGUUAUGCGAGCAGUUUGCGUUAUUCCAGGUCUCUUCUCGUUCUUGGAAUGGUACAAGACGGGUCUUAUGAAGAAGACGCUGUAUCGACAUGCCGAAUAUGCGACUGAGCAUACUGAGGCUCGCCUCAAGAUCGAGACCAAGCGAAAAGACUUCACGUACCACAUCCUCACCUCCAAAGGUCCUCAUCCCACAAAUCUCGAAAUGGGUUCCCACUUCAACGUGAUAAUGAUGGCGGGUGCAGUCACAACGGCAACUUUCCUUGCAGGUGUAACCUACUACCUAGGCCACAACAGAGCUGCUCUUUCUCGACUCCAACACGAAGUCCGAACUCGGUUCAACGGUCUAGACGAAAUAACCAGUAAAGCAUUGAUGGAAUGCGAAUAUUUGAAUGCGGUCGUUGAAGAGGGGUUGAGGAUCUAUCCACCUGCUGGUGCGGGACACUUGAGUAGGAUCGUACCCAAAGGUGGAUGCGAGAUUGAGGGGGAGUGGAUUCCUGAAGGCACUCGAGUAUCAGUCCACCAAUGGUCCGUCCUCCGCGACCCCCUCAACUUCUGGAACCCAAGCGCAUUUAUCCCCGAACGCUGGAUGAAGAACGAGCCCGAAGGACAAGGUGGAGACAGACUCGAAACCAGUCUGCCAUUCUCAUACGGACCACGAGGUUGUCUUGGACGAAACUUGGCAUACCUAGAAAUGCGCAUGGUGCUGGCAAAACUCUUCUGGCAAUAUGAUCUCGCCUGGUUCAACAGCGAUGAGAUUGAUUGGGAGCGAGAUACUAAGGGCUAUACCCUUUGGGAGAAGCCUGAUCUGCGAGUCUUGCUCAGAGAUCGUCUCGCUUCGACGCCUUCUUCGCCUUCGAUUUUGAAGCUUUGAUGUUUAAAACGAACAUCAAGGAGUAGAAUUUCUUUAUGUGGCUUCCUUGAGUCAUUUCCUUGAUCUUGGCUUCUUGGAGAUUUGGCUAGCGCUUUAAAAUUCUUCUUGGUAGUGGCGGUGGUGGCUUGACUUCUUGCUUGGUGGUGAGGCUUUGAAAAUUUUUGGUGCUCGACUAUUCUUUGCAAAUUGUUUCCUUUGUCAGAUUGCAUUGAUUUCGGAAUUUGAUAAUGCAUGGCAUGGCGUGGAGGAUACCACUCAUUAUGAUACCAAUUUAUUAGCGUCGUUCUCCUUUGGUCUGCUUGUUUUGGCGCGGUUGUACGUAAUGUUGGGGCGCAAUCUGAUUCUGGGGCAUUGAUGUGGAAUGUGUGUUGAAGAGAUUGGAACCUUCUGGAAGAUUAGACCAG